UACAAGUGUUUCUGUUACUCGGCUGAGAGCAGCGUAGUUUGGUAAUACAAAGAAUAACUUACAGAAGCUUUCCAAGCGAAUUAGAGAUGACUAUAGCGCAUAUUGGCUGUCCGGCGAAAAGAUUAUAGCAAUGCGGAAAAACUGGAGUGAAAUCAUGCAAGAUUAUACUUGAAGUCGUUUAAUAGAGUUGUUUUCACAAACAUAAGCUUGACGUCGAUGGCAAAGGAAAGCCUCUUGGACAGUGACAAGGUCGUAUACUCAUCGGAAGAUGAGGAUGAAGAGACCAAAAGGGCUCGGGGGUGCGCUACUUCAUAUUUAGUCGACGAACGUGAGACUUCGGGCAAGUUGCCUCCGAAGUUUCGUCAGCGCUGGUUUAGAGCCGCUUCAAUGCUGGCGCUAGUUUCAUUUAUAUCGGCCGUUGGAUUUAGCAUAGCGUCGAUUAUAAUUUCACAAACAACUGAAAGUUCAGCGGUGUUUGCAACAGGUUUCGACGCAUUCUUCGCGGCUAUAAAUGUGGUAGCUGUCUGUUGGAGAUUUCGUGACGAACUCAACGGAGAAAUCGGAACAAUGAGAGAGAAGAAAGCCAGUACAGUGAUAGCGACUUCAUUCAUACUUGGUGGAAUUGCAACUAUUGUUAUUGCUCUUCACAAUCUCGAAAUUGAUGACCAUCCCACCAAGACUGACGAAAUGAAGGUAGUUCUUGGUGUGGGUGCUUUAUUGUACGCAAUUCUUACUUUUCUCCAGUGCUAUGUUGCACAAUUGGUAAACAGUCAGUCCAUGAGAGCGCUAGCGGUGGAUUCAGCCCAAGGUGCGUUUAUGUCUGUUGGAGUGUUGGUAUCUACUUACGUUUAUACCAAAUUUAAACAAUUUUGGUAUCUGGACCAUGUAGUUGCGACAAUAGUAGGUGUUGUGUCUUUAAUAUACGGUAUAAGUUUAUUUGUGGAAAUACUUGGAUUAAAUAUAAAGGAAAGAUUAAUGUUAGCUUUCCAGAGAGAAUUUUAAGAUUGUUUGUUCAGCUUUGAUAUAGUUGUUAAAAAUUUGCAUUAAAUAAAAUUAUCAAAGUAUAUUUUUAA